AUGGCAAUGUUUGAGGACCUCGGCUACUACAGGGCCGUGUGGGGGAUGGAGGAGCCGAUGGCGUGGGGCAGAGGCGCGGGCUGUGACUUCCUCGAGAAGCCGUGCUCAGACAAAAGCCCCACCGAGCACCCCGGCAUGUUCUGCGAUAAAAAGACCGAAGUCAAAACACUUCGCUGCACGUCCAACCGCCAAGCCAUCGGGCAAUGUAGUACGAACGCUGCUGGACGCGGCGCCGACGAAAAGGAAACCUGCCCUGUCUUUUUCCCGCCUAAUGAGCACAUAUCACAACUAUUCUGUAACGUGGAAGUAACCAACGCACCGCCCGGAUCCCUCCAUGGGGGUGGCUCGUGGUGCCUCGAUGCGGAGACACUGGAGGCCAAGAGCAAGACGAGUGAUGAGGUCUACACCAAAGUGCACGCGGUGUGUGCGGGGGUGCAGUGCGAGGCGGGCAAAGUGAAGGUGAAGUACGUCGGCGGCGACGCGUGGCAGGAGUGCCCCGAGGGGAAGUUUGUCACGCCGAAGUCGGCGCACUUCAAGGACGGCGGCAAGAUCAAGUGCCCGAAGUACGAGGA